UGGCGGCGGAGGGUUGAGAAUUAUUGGAAUCUCUUGAGUCCAAAGAUAACAUCUGACACUCUGAGGAAUUUGAUGGACAUGAAAGCAAAUCUAGGGUCAUUUGGAGCUGCUUUGAAGGAAAAGGAUGUCUGGGUGAUGAAUGUUGUCCCUGAAGAUGGACCCAACACACUUAAGAUAGUAUAUGACAGAGGUCUCAUCGGCACAGUUCAUAAUUGGUGUGAAGCCUUCUCAACAUACCCCCGGACUUAUGAUCUCCUUCAUGCUUGGACUAUACUUUCUGACAUUGAGAGGAAGGGUUGCAGUGCUGAGGAUCUGCUGCUUGAGAUGGAUCGUAUGCUCAGGCCAACUGGAUUCAUCAUCAUCCGGGAUAAACAACCCGUUAUAGAAUUUGUAAAGAAGUAUUUACCAGCAUUGCAUUGGGAAGCCAUGGCAACAGCUGAUUCGUCGUCAGAUCCGGACGGGGAUGGCGACGAAUUCGUCUUGGUGAUCCAAAAGAAAGUAUGGUUGACAAGCGAGAGCCUCAGGGAUUCAGAAUAAGAAAACAGAGUCUCUUUGCCUCGCUUCACCAUUCACAUUCUCUCUCCUGGUCUCUGGGUCUAAGAAGCAUGUCCCGAGGGCAAUACGGUAAAUUCAUUUCAUUCUGUAGAAUGUUAAGUGAUGUUUUUACUGUUUCUUUCCUUCCUUUUACUUUUGUUAUUCUGAUGUAGUUGAUACCAUAGACACUACCUGCAUUUAUAGGCUCUUUUUUUUUUAAUUUUUUUUAUGUCCAUUUUUUUAAUGUCCCCCUUCGAUAUUCUUGUUGGGUAUUAUUAAUUGGGAGCUAAUGCAGCCAAUUACUAAUAAUGUAAAACAUGAAAUGUAUGUGGCUGAAUAUUUGUACCUGAAAUGGCUUCUAAAUUUAUUUAUUAGUGGAUCUACUGCUUCACCA